AAUCCGGUUGUCGGCGCGACGCAAGCGCAGUUUAAAAAAUUCCCAAGAUUGGAGACACUGGCACCGGGCCUUCGUUGGAAGCUGUUUUUGCCGCAGAAAAUCAGAAAUCGCGCGGCACAAGGCAUACCGGUGGUUUGGAAACGCUUACGGGGAAAGUGUAAGAAGAAAGGAAGAAAGAACUGAAAAUUCCAUUUUCUUAAAAUUUAUAUUCGGCGUCUUUUCAACAAUUAUCUAUCUUGAACUAUAUCGUAAAAAUCUGCGAUAACGAUGGGUGAUCUGCCGUAUCUUGUUGAAUAUUCGAAAAGUGGUCGUGCAAGUUGUAAAGCAUGCAAGACUCCUAUCGCGAAAGAUUCUUUGCGGCUUGCUGCUAUCGUCCAAAGUCCUUUUCACGAUGGGAAGAUGCCAAAAUGGUACCACUCACACUGCUUUUUCACAAAAAAUCGCCCAAAGACAAUUGGAGACAUUGCCCAUUUUGAAAGCAUUCGCUGGGAAGAUCAGAAUUUCGUGAAGCAACACAUAGAGAAUAAUGCAGCUGGAGGUGGGGAUGUCGUUGACUCUGGAAAAGGAAAAGGCAAAGGAAGAAAGCGAGCCAGCAGCGCUGCUGUUCCAGCUACCCUUGACUUCAAGGUCGAAUAUGCCAAGUCGAAUCGCUCAAAAUGUCGCGGAUGCGAGGAAACUAUCGUCAAGGGAGAAGUUAGAAUUUCUAAACUGGAUUUGGAGAGCGAGGAAGCGAAGAGAUUCGACGGCUUGGACCUUUGGCAUCACGUUCCAUGCUUCGUGAAACUACGAAAUGAUCUUGAGUUUUUCGCAGGCGGUGAUACCCUUCCUGGAAUAAAGAGCUUAACGCCAGAAGAUCAGCAAAUGAUCAAGACAAAUCUUCCAAAAAUCCAGAGACCAGACAUCCCGCCGGUGAAGAAGAUCAAGGAAGAACCAGAAGAUGCUGCCGAGGAGGCAAAGAUGCAGGAACAGAACAAAAAAAUGUUUAAAAUCAGAGACAAACUAGGUUCACUGACUAAAACAGUUCUUCUGGAGUUACUAAAUGCGAAUAAACAGUUUCUUCCUGAAGGCACUUCAGCUAUUCAAGAUGUGCUGGCAGAUGCAAUGACUUUCGGAGCUUUGGAACCUUGUAAAAAAUGUGGUGGUCAGUUCAAAUUCAAAUCAGGGGUUGGGUAUACAUGCACAGGCGACAUUAGCGAAUGGACUAAGUGCGAAGAGGUGCAGCAUGACCCAAAAAGGAAGAAAUUCGUAGUCCCGAAAAAUCUCAAGGAAAAGAGCGAUUUCCUUGGUACCUAUAAGGCCAAGGUCGCGAGGAGGAUUUUCAGAAUAACUGCGCCCUCUACUUCAAGCGCCGUGAAGAAAGAAGAGAAGGCGGAAGGUCCAAAAGUCCAAUCAGGACCCAGGCCUUUAAAGAACAUGAUUUUCUUGAUCGCGGGUCGCACGAAAACAGACAAAGAAGUUUUGAAAAGGAAUAUUCUCCUUCUGGGCGGCAAGGUCGUAACCAAGCUUGACGAAAAUGUAACAGCCGUGAUUUCCAUUCCGAAAGAAGUCGAGAAGAUGAGCAGCAAAAUAGAAGACGCAAAAGAUCUUGACAUCCACAUUAUUUCGGAAGACUUUGUCGAGGAGGCAAAACCUUUAACAGAUUCCGCUGCCGCUGUCACUCUUCUCGAGCAAAAAAGCAUCUGCACCUGGGGUGGAGACCCAACCAUCAGGAUUUCCAAGGUAGCUGCCAAGUCAAACGCAAGCAGGGGAAAAAGUGUUUUCGAAAAGAAAUCAAGUUCUGGAAAAGUAAAGCUUCGUGUUAAAGGUGGUGGAGCUGUCGAUCCCGAAAGUAAAUUGGAGGAUGAAGCUCACGUUUAUCAAAGAGGCAAGGAGAAAUUCAACUUCAAUUUGGGUCUCACAGAUAUUCAGAGCGGCAAGAACAGUUAUUAUAAAAUGCAGAUUCUCAAGCACGAUAAAAAGGAAAGAUACUGGCUCCACAGAAAUUGGGGAAGAAUCGGAACUACGAUUGGUGGAGUGAAGACGGACAAAAUGGCAUUGGAAGACUGCAUUGCCGAGUUUGAAAGACAUUACGAAGAAAAAACUGGGAAUCCUUGGUCAAAAAGAGACAACUUCAUCAAAUAUCCAGGAAAGAUGUAUCCUCUCGACGUUGAAUAUGGAGAUGAAGCAGACGAUGAUAAGAUAUUCGAAUCGGAAGUUCCGAGUAAAUUGAAGAAGCCUGUUCAGGAUCUUAUCAAGUUGAUUUUCGAUGUGAGUGCGAUGAAGCAGGUGAUGAAAGAGUUUGAGAUUGACAUAGAUAAGAUGCCGCUGGGUAAACUCUCGAGGAAGCAGAUCGAAAAGGCUUUUGCUGUUUUGUCAGAAAUGUUGCAGUUGGUGAACCAGCCAAACCCGGAACGAAUUAAACUCGUGGAUGCUUCGAAUAGGUUCUACACCCUCGUACCCCAUGAUUUUGGAGUCUCGGAGCCGACGAUUAUUAGCACUCCGGAGGAAAUUAAAGCCAAGACGGAGAUGCUGGAAUCCUUGCUAGAUAUGGAGAUUGCUUAUAGUUUGCUCAAUGUGAAAACAGACUCUACGGCAAAUCCGAUUGAUGCGCAUUAUGAACAACUCAAUGCUGAGAUUGACGUUAUGGAUAAGACGAGCGAAGAGUUCAAGGUUCUUGAACAGUAUGUUAAGAACACUCAUGCCGCAACCCAUCAACAGUACGAAUUGGAGAUCGAGGAAGUUUAUAUGGUUAAACGGCAGGGAGAAGAAAGAAGGUAUAAACCAUUCAAGAAGCUGGGCAACAGGAAAUUGCUCUGGCACGGUUCUAGAACGACGAACUAUGCUGGAAUUUUGUCGCAGGGUCUGCGAAUUGCCCCGCCAGAAGCGCCCGUCACUGGUUACAUGUUUGGAAAAGGUAUUUACUUUGCCGACAUGGUUUCGAAAUCCGCAAACUACUGUUGCACCAACUCCCAGAAUCCAACUGGUCUGCUCCUUCUUUGCGAAGUAGCUCUUGGUGAAAUGUACGAGCGUUUCCAAUCAGAAUACGUGGAGAAGUUACCUCACGGAAAACAUUCCACUUUCGGUCGUGGUCAAACCCAACCAGAUCCUUCCGUAGUUUACAAGACCAAGGAUGAUGUUGAGAUUCCUUACGGGCCAGGAGUCCCAGCCAAACUCCCACAAAAAUCUGCUCUCUUAUACAACGAGUACAUCGUCUACGAUAUUGCUCAGGUCAAGACUCAGUACUUGGUCAAGAUGAACUUCAAAUUCAAGUACUGAGAACUCUAAAUCCCAAAGUUACAUUUCCAGCGAUUUGUUUUGCAUUUUUUGAUAUAAGAAAAAAAAAGUUUAAUGCUUUUCUAUUUGAUAUUACCAGUAUACAAAGAUAUAUAACUACCUCCAUCGGCAUUAGCCUUAAAGAUUUUCGCGUUAUAAUUAAGCGUUCCUUCCCUACGAUUGAAGAAAUCGUGAAAGAAUAAUGUCUUUUGUUUUACUACUUAACGUUCAAUUAUUUAUUAUUUUUAAGUGUCAGUUUAAUGCUUUUUUUGUGUGUCGGAAAUAAGAUAUGUUCAAAGACAUUUAAUCUGUUAGGUUUGAUUCUGUGAGUUGUUUCUUGUUUUAACGUUUAAACCUUUGAUUUAUAAUAAUUUAGUAAAAACGAUUAAACAUUGGAAGGAAUGUUGGUUAGGUCUUUGAAUGUUUCUUCAAGUUUCCAGUAAUUAAGUUGCGGUUCAAGUAAAUUUUCUUAAUUUUUAUCUUAUCUACUUCGUCAUAAACUGUAUUUUCGCUCCUUUUGAAAUAAAUGCAGGUGAUAUUUUUUUUAU